AGCCUCUGGGAGGGUGAAGCCGGAAACUGGCCUGGGUUUAUUUUAGGCAGCAUUCGGUAGUUGGGAUUCUCUGGAGAAAGAAACAGGAUUGGAGUCUAGAGAUAGUAGGAGUCUAACCGUUUUCAGGAAGGAGCUUUUCACAGUUCUCGUCAGAUUUCAGAAUCUCCCCGAAUAUUUAAAAAAAAAAGAAACGCGGACAGGAUUGUGAAAUGUUGGCGAGACUGAUCCUCGCUCUCAUGGUGAUCUGGGUGGCCCGGGUAACGGGUGACUGUGACAAGCCUCCACAGCUGGAUAAUGGUGCUCUAUCUGACCAAUUCCUUUCUUGGACCUCAUUUCCUGUCAGAACCAGGGUCACUUACAAAUGUCACAUAGGUUAUACGUUUGCGGAAGGAUCUUCAAGAUCUGUUAUUUGUCAGCAAGAUUCAACCUGGACUCCAUUACAGGCCAAAUGUGAACCAAUUAACUGUGGUAAUCCAGGAGAGAUUCUGAAUGGGUAUUAUGAGGCAGAUGCUACCACUCUGGGGAGUAAAGCUGUGUUUUAUUGUGACAGUGGUUAUCGGAUUGUUGGUAGAAACUACCGCAUGUGUGAGGCUAGCGGGUGGACUGGCCAGGUCCCAACAUGUGAAAUUGUCACAUGUGGUGAUCCUCCACCUAUCAGUAAUGGCCAAGCUCCAAAACCAGCCGGUAGCGACUCGUGGACACACGGGAUGGUAGCAGAAUAUUCAUGUAAUGACGGCUACUCGUUGAUUGGCACAAAAAGCCUUACCUGCCUGGAAGAUGGAACAUGGGACAAGAAUCCACCUGUGUGCAAAGUUGUUGAAUGUCCCCGCCCUGACCCACCUGAGAAUGGCUACAUUGAAAGCGGAUUAGGACCCAAGUACAAAUAUCAGGAAGAGAUAGUCUUCCGCUGCAGUAAAGGUUUUGAAAUGGUUGGUGAGAGUAUCGUUAAAUGCGGUGAGGAUAACAUCUUUGUGCCAUCGCCACCUAUUUGCAAACUACGUGAGUAGCCAUCUCUUAAACUGGAAACAGCUUGUCAGUGUGGAAGAAUUAGAUCAGAAUUGAACUGUCUGUUAAAUGGUAGGUUAGAUUUUUUUGGGGACGGGAGGUGGUUUGCCAGUGAACUGUUUCCUUAUUUGCAGUCAGAGCCCUUCUGAGAUUUUGGGGGCACACAGGUCAGUGGAAAAUUCCUAAAGUUGCAGUCUUGAGCUCAGCACAGGCUGCACUGUGUGCUACUUCCUAAAACCAGCAAUCACAAAGGGGUGACAAUUUCAACUUCCAUCUACAUUCCCCUAAAAGGGGAGGGUCUUAGAAAACCUUUUAAUAGGCUCUCAAAGUAGUCAGUGACAUUACUCCAGCUCCGCACUGAAUACUACAGUCUGUUGAAGUACCAUUAUUGAGAGAGGUGAAUUUUAUUGCCAGAUUUUAUCUUGUAGCAAGACUUGCUUUAUCGUCGGCAUGGAGAAUGCCUGCUUCACCAUGGACCAGAAAGUCCUGCUCAAUAUGUUUUUAAUGUGCAUCUUUCCCAAUUAACAUGAACUUCUUUGUUACAACAGUAGUUGUUGUGA